AAUAAAUUAUGCUGCCUCCUCCCUGCUAAAGUGGGUAAAAGGCUGCAGCAGUAACUUGGGAGAAAAUUGGCUGUCAUAUUUUCGGGGUGUGCGGCUGCAGCAAGGAACAGUACUAUACUCUGAAGCAACGGGUAGAGGAGAGUAAACAGAGGAUAAACCUAAUGGAGAGCGAGUUCCUACAGAGUACUCUCUACACAGAGAAUGAGCUGGACGAAUGCAGGGAGGAGUACAGACUGCUCCAGCAAAAAUAUAAUGCAUUGGAGAAAAGUCAUCAGGAAUUACAUGAAAUAAACCAGGAUUUAGAGGAGAGAAUUCUUGAUGUCGAAAGAGAGACACAACUGCUUUAUGAAGACCAGGCGGCCGCAUAUGAGAAGGAAAAGCAAGCCCUGAACAGGGAGGUCUUGACGCUGAGUCAAAAGCUUUUAGACACCAAGUUUGAAAUCAACAAAUUAGAGGAGAAAAAUAAUCGAUACAAGAAAGACUGUGAUCUAGCUGUUCAACUAUUACAGUGUACGCCAUCAGGAGCGUAUAUGCAACAUAAAGUUAGCCAACUUCCACAAGAUCUGCAAUACUAUGUCCACCAAAUUAUGGGUGAGAUCAACAAGGGAGUGUUCCAACCAUCGGCAACAUCUCCUACCGAAUCCAAUAGUAGCCAUCCUCUUCUGUCAAGCUCAGGUACUAGUGUCUCUAAUGGCUUGAUUGCUGCCAGGACCUACAACUCCGUCCCUGCUCAUGUCGUGGCCCGCGCCAUGCAACGGAGGGAAGAAGAAGAGAAGAAGGAAAUGGAAAAGCUUGUGCCGACCACCAGGAAGCGGAAAACUGGGAAGGAUGGUGUUGUCCUGCUGCAUGACAAGGGGACUCAGACGAUCACCAGGCCGACGAUGAAUAAGAAAUACUCCCUGUUGUGUGUGAAAUGUGGCAUGAGCAUGAAAGAUGAGGAGGAAUCCUCUUCGGUUUCAGCUGCUGUGGACAAGCCAAAGGAGAAGGAGGGUGAAGGGGUGGAAGAAAAGCCAGAGCCCGAAAAGCAUCUAUUGGUGGAUGUAAGCAUCGAUGAAGAAACAGCUCCACCUCCUGUUAAUCUACUUGAUCUUACGGACACUCCACCUCCACGGGUGCCCUAUCCCAAAGGUCCAUCAAACACUAGUCUCCUGCUUGACUUGCUUGAUGGACAGACGGAUGAUGCACCUGAAGCGGAGAAGACAUCCCAGGAGCAGACCCUUGUUGAUUUGUCCGACCUGGUUAUAGGUGUCCCUGAGGAUGUCAGCCAUCCUCCUGUUGAUAGCCCAUUGAGCAAUGCCACUUCCCCUCAGGAUGCUGCAACUCCCGCUGAUUCGGGCAUCUUUGACGAUGUCCUGGCAACCUCCAGUGCAACCACCCAUACCUCUGAUUCAGCUGCUUCCAGUGACAUCGCUUCUCUUGAACCCGAGGCGGAUGCUGCAAUGAACGUGUCAAGACGAAGCACACCAUCCAGACGGUUGGGGUCCGAGGGUGACGGCAGCCCACAGCACAAAGUCAACGGCGGUGGCCGUUCCAGUCCACCACCAUCACACUACAACAGCGACACUGACUCCAAGUCAGCCGACGGGCAACAUGAAGAUCCGCCAAGUCCUCCACCAAGUCCGGUCAGAACCCCUGUUGAGAAACCGCCGCCAAGGCAUCCGAAGACUUCACCUCCUCCGCCACCUACGUCGGCACCUCCUCAGACAACAGGUACAUCAACAGCAAUCGUCAAACCCAGAAUCAAUGGACAGAUAAAUGCUGGUGUAAGGCCAGGUAAAUUAGCUAACAAAGAUGGACCAAUGAAAGAAAAGCCAAGACCCAUCGGUAGUGCCUCCACCAACCAAGCUGCACCUAUUGGGAGAUCAAAGGCUUCGUAUAUGCAGACAAGUGUGUGACGCUACGCUAAGUCUGUGUAGAUUAGUAAUGAUAUUGCAUAUUAUAAUGAAUGAAAACAGAAAAAUCAUGAUUGCAAAUGUAGCAACUUCAUUAGAGACAACUCUGAUACUCAUUGCUUGUUUUUUAUACUGCGUAGUUCAGGAUAUUCUCGUAUUCGUGUUUAAUGCCACUUUAAAUGUACUUAGAAAACCAAACAAUUCAGGACUCUUUUAACCAUGUACUUCUGAAUGUCAUUUCCAUUCCAAAAUUUAUACAAAUUUUAUUUCCCAAGGAUUCAUAAGGAAACUAUUUUUUGUUACCUUCAUUUGUUUCUAUAUCCUCUGUCUUGAUACGUCUUUAAAACACCAUUUAAAUUAGGAAUGGUUUAACAUUGUGUGUAGGUUGAUUAUAGGACUGUAGAUGCUUUAAAUUGUGAUUACGACUUCAGAAGGUGAUAAUGUAGAAGUCGAUCUUACAGCAAGCCCAUGCCAUCAUAAUUGUGUCCAUGUUCUGUAAUUAUCCGAGAAGUUGCAUAUUUGGGAUUCUACAUUUUUGUACAAUACUGCAGAGCAAAACUUCUGUGAAAAGUGUAAUUAUCACAGGAAAUGAUAAUAUUUCUCAUUACUUCUCUAUAUUCUUGUGGAUGUUUCAUGAACAUAUGUUUGAAGGUUUAUUCACGAAAUGAAGGUGAAUUAUUUGUGGUAAAGUUUUAGGGACAUUCUUAGGAAGAUAAAGUUCCAUCAAUUAUGCAUGCAUUCAAGAUGGAAUGUACUUGAGUGUCGCUUUGUGACCAAGAUAAACAUGUUAUUUCCUUUCUGUAAUAGUUACUCAGGUAGUUUAAUAGGUCAAACUAUCAAUAUAAUCAGGUGACCAUAAUAAAGUAUCAACUUAAGAAGAAAAAAAUCAAUCAGAAAUAACACAUCUAUGAAGAAGCAUCAAGGAUGGAAUCAUUUAGUAAUGCCCUUUUUAUAUGAAAUUUUCUAAAAACAUGUCAUAUCUGACAGAUUUAAGUGGUACAUAAAGAACCCACUUUUAUAGUCAUUCUGUUAGCUAUGUAGUUUAUUUCCCUUUUUCCAUUUGUCAUGGUCGAGAUAGAGAGAAGUAUGUAUGGAACAGCUCCUAACUAACUCCCAAAUAGGAAGUGUUUUUUAUGUCAAUUAUAUGUGUCUACCUGUUAUGCUAUUUCUUGUUUCUCCCUUUAUCUGUAUCUGUUUAUUUAUUUUUGUUUCCUCUAUUACUCUGUCUCUCUCUUUCCUUUCUCCCUUCCUCUUCCUCCGACUCUCUGCUUGAUGAUAAAUUGCCACACAUCUACGACUGUUGAUGCAUCGUCAUUGGAACGAGAGAGAAAGGUCCUCGCAUUUGAAAGAGUGUUCCUUGCCGAGGGCUGCAGGCAAUCAACUUAAUGGAAGUGUCAAAAAGCAUUCUGCGUGCCGUUUUGAUGAAUCGCACUGCCGAUCCACACAGAGAGAAAGCCGGCUUAGAGAACGCACAGGGAAUUGCUCGGAAACAGUUUCUCUGUAGCGUAACGCAGAUGACAUCAACCGGAAUGUCUCCUGUUCUAUCACCUUUAGCCAUGCGGCCCUGCAUUUAGGUGGAAUGUGUUCACGGCUCAAACCAAUGUCUAGAGACGUACAGAAAUUCCAUGUGCAUGCAGAAUGGGAAUUCCUGGUAUAUCUGACGUCCAUUGUGAGGGAUUGACUUGUUGCGUAUGUACGUGGGAGAGAAAAACGGAUCGACGUUGGUGGUGAAAUGGAGAUACCUCAUUUGUCCUGAAGCAGUGUUCAGGAAUGAUCAAUUACUUUUCUCUCUGAAACCUAAAUGUCAACCCAAAUUUGAGAUGAAAUAUUGUGAGUAGUGGUUACUAGGCAUACAAAAGUCAUGAUCACUCCUAGUUCUAAUAAGGACAGUUAUGUCUCAUUUUUUUCUGUCUCUCUUCUGAAAUGCUCUUUGUGUGGUACAUGUGUGUAUCAUCUCUUAACUGUAUUUCUAUCCUUCAUCACAUUUCUAUUCCCCCGCUUCAGUACCCUAGAAUAAAUGCAAGACAAUUUUCUUUUUCAUUCUUUCAUUUGCUCCUAAAAUUGUAAAUGUAUAUCUUGUCAAUAACAAUAGGGAAAUAUGCUGUGAAAAAAAUGUGAAUUUAUUGUGUAUGUUAUGGAUAUGGUGUAUGACAAUUAUGCUAUUAGGUAAUGAAAUAUGAUACUGUUUUCAAUGUAUCAGUCAUAGAAACAAGAAAGGAGGGAGAUUUUUUCAUGGUUGUUACAUUGUUAUUUUCGAUGGCGUGUUAUACAAUAUAGGAUUCGGAUGAGUUCAUUUUAGCUAUGCAAACAAUGAUUACAAUGCCAAUAAACAUGGAAUCGUUGGAAAAAAAGGAGAAUGUGUCUGGAUGGCCAAAUGAUGGAGAGAAGAAUUUUAAUAUUUUUGGUAUUUUGAAAAUUAUGUUGUAAAUUU